ACCAUCUGUGUUGAGAAAAACCCAGCAUAUAUAGCAGAUAUACAAGUGUAUCAUCAGGAGACUGAGGAGACAACACAGGAGUGCAGCUUUUUACAGUCUGUUCGCUAUAAGGGUAACACCUAAGGGCAGACUCUGCGUAAACCCCACGCACACGGUGCUGUUGAGAGCUCAGAGCUCUUAGUGUGGUGUCCAGUCAACUUAGUGGCGUGAACUCAGGUGGACAGGGCUUUUUUAGGCUUGGUUUCUGAUGGAUCAAUGUAAACAUGAAAUUCACAUCGCAGCUCACCAUUUUGUAGAAGUGUCACUGACAACUGAUAGUUUAAAUGCAAAUUAGAUUAGAUCUUCACUUAUCCCAAUUCAUACUUGAAUUUGAAAAUAUGUGAAUUUAUUGUGUUUUGCUGAUUUUUUCUAAUACAAGUAAAUGCAAUAAUGCAUCAUAAAAUCAUCUUAAAUUUGCAGAUUCUAGUCUUUAACAUUGUUAGAAUUUUGCCUAAAAUAUGCAUUUGCUUUAGUCACCACCAGAUGGCAGUAAAGAUCAGAUAGGCUUGUUCCCCUGACAGUAAACUAUGAGGAAUAAGAUGUGAUUGGAUGGUGGGUCUCUGUGUAUUCUAAAAAAUAUCUUUGUUUAGGGAAAACAAUUGUGUUGUCUUAUAAAAGCAAACACAUUUUAUUUGGAUGAACAUUCAGAAACAACCUUUAGUUUGUACAUUACUGAGAUAUCAGACGAGAUACAGACCAGAGAUACAGACCUUGUUUCAAGGUGAGAACAGCCCAGCUGUCGAUGAUCUGUUUAUAAUGGGCUAAGCUCCUGAGCCGUUUACCCACAGACACUCACCCCACAUCUUCCUUACUGCCAGUGGUGCAAAUGUUCGACGCUGAAAUCCUUCUCUCUAGUCAUCUCCAAGAACUGGGCUAGGCUCACCAUUAGUGCUGCACUUCCGUUGUUAGGCCGUCAUUCCUAAUACUGGAAGCAAGGAAGCAUUCCAGGCCGUGCUGACGUUUCGGUCCACUCAGUGACGACCUGUCCCGGCCCACAAAGGCAGAAUCAUGGCGUUCUUAAUGCAGCAGAUGUUGGGGGAGAAGUUGAAGAACAUGAUGGGAGGAGGAGGAGGAGGAGGAGGAGGGAGCUCCGGUGUGUCCACAGGGGACGGGAAAGAGACGCCUGAGUCCAAAGGAAUGAGCCGCGAGGAGUUUGAGGAGUACCAGAGACAACUUGUGGAGGAGAAGAUCCAAAGAGACAAAGAAUUUGCUAUGAAAAAGGCCGAAAGAGCCAACCUGAGAGUGCUUCUGAGGGACAAGUACAGGAUCCCACAGAACGCGCAAGACGACGCCACUGUCCAGAUGGCUGGAGAUGACGUAGACGUGCCGGAAGACCUGGCCAAGAUGGUGGACGAAGAUGAAGAACAAGAGGAGAUGAACAGCUCCUUCAUAGGCAGACUGCAAAACAUGGAACUGGACUUUGAUACAAUCAAGACCAAAGCCCAGAGCACAAUGACAGAUGCGUGGCAAGUGGCAGAAGAGAAAUGUGUCCUCAUGUGACCGGACAGAAUGGCUGAAUCGGCU